AGAACACUCUGUUUUUGUGACUCUGUGCUGGAGAAAGUGCUGCUGAGGAUGCUGUAGCAUGGUUCUGACACACACAGGCUGGUUUAGUGCUGCAACAUGUGUGGGAUCGUCAGUGCCUGGUUAGUCCUGGUGGUCUGCAGCCUCGCCAGAGGACACAACACUUUGUAUGAAGGCUAUGCCCUCUCCGGGUCCAGUUACCACCUCUGCACUGGGCAGGACUCUGUGCCGGUCAUUAAUGUGGUCGCCUAUCAGAUUGCUUCUUCUCAGCUGAGGCCUUGUGGAGGCUGGCUGCCGUGGAAAAUGUGUAAUGUGACAGUUUACACCACAGUUUAUAAAACCCAGGAGGAUCACAUCCAGAAAGAGGUCAGGAGGUGCUGCGACGACUACGAACAAGUGGGCAGUUACUGCGCCCUGAAUCUUAACAGGAGUGCGGAGUUCACAGCUAAACCCGGAGUGUGCCCUCAUGCGCAUCCAGGACUCAGCCCAGGCCCAGUGUUGGGGUGUGAGUGGGACACAGACUGUCCCGGCUGGCAGAAAUGCUGUCAGACUGAAAACAGUCUCCGCUGUGUAGAUCCUCACACACAAGUGAAUAUCAGCUGGUGGCUCAGUCUGAAUGUAAAGGUGAAGGUCUCAUACCAUCUGGUGAAUUCCAGCAGUGGACUCUUCAACCACACACGGCUCCUACACUCUGUGGUGACUGGAGCUCUUAGUUUUCCUUCAGUCUCUGUGUAUCAUGUGACCUCAUGGCCCGCUGGACCGGUCAGUACUGUCUCCUUCAUGCUGCUUGGAUCCUCUGAACCUUUGUCCCCUGCAGAGACAGACCAGAGGCUGCAGGUUCUGCUGGAGAACAUCGAGGAGGUCACCAGUGUGAACGUCAACGAUGUGGAUGAGUGUGUUACUCCAGUGCUGAAAGCAUGCCCCCCUCAGUCCAUAUGCAGAAACACAUAUGGAUCACAGAACUGCGCCUGUCCACCAGGAUCUACUGACCUUCACCCCAGCAGGCCUGGAACAAACUGCACCUUCCAGAUUGUACUCACUUCAAAUCCGGUGCGGAAACCUUCUGUUGAUCAAACACCAGCCUUCACUUCUCUGUCCAGCACAUCCUCUAGCACAACAACCAGCGCUCCUAUCAGCCCUCUGACCACUAACGGCUUUCCGUCUCCUGAAAACAGUAAUAAGACCCUUCAUGCAGAGGCUCGUCUGACCAAUAUAAACUUCACCGAUGCUCUGAAAGAUGUCACCAGUGUGGAAUACCAUAACCUCACAGAGUCCAUCAUCAAAGAGAUUAAAGAGUCUCUGCCCUCAGACAUUCUGGACAUGGUGAACUCUGGGAAAGUGAUUGUUCAGAUCACUAGAUUCUUUCAAGGCAGCGUGGUGGUAAAGUUCACCCUGAUUUUCCUGCUCGACAGCACCCAGAACAUCAGUACUGUGGCCAGUGCUUUGAUGGAGUCUCUACAGAACAGCACCAUAUACUUAGUGGACAAGAACAGCACCUUUAUAAACGAUGUGGAUGAGUGUACAACGGGUGAGAAUGACUGUUCCCCCUGGGCCCAGUGUAACAACACCUAUGGGUCGUACACCUGCGCCUGUCAGCCAGGAUACACUGACGCAAACCACUCGAGGCCUGGACGCAUCUGUGAAGCCAGCCUCAAUUUGACAGCAUCCACCUCCACACAGCCGAAUGAGGCAUCUGCUGAGUCCUCUGCAUCUACAAACCUAACAACUGUGACAGCUGACAAUGAGACACACACAACCACUCCUGUUUCCAAAACAACCACAGUCAUGGCUGUUCCAGAAAUCGAGAGAGUGAACUUGACUUCCUCAACAUCACCUACAACGUCUACAAUGUUAUCUACAGCAUCAUCUACAGCUUUAUCUACAGCAUCAGCUACAGCUUUAUCUACAGGAGUAUCUACAGCAUCUACAAUAUCAGCCACAACAUCCACCGCAAUCCCCAAUCCCCUCCCGAUCAUUUCCAGAACAGAUGCCAUUACAGUGGAAUGUAUGGUGGGAUCCAUGACCGUCUCUGUGGCAAAACAUUACCUGAUAUCUCAGCACAUCCCAGAAGCAGCCCUGUACCUGGGUCAACCACAGUGCAAUGUGACGAACACAAACUCCACCCAUGUACAGCUCACUGCGGACUGGAACAAGUGUGGGCUCCAGAUAACUGAAAACACCACAGUCCGUGUGACCCUCCACAGCAACAUGACCACAUCAGUGCCAUUUAUUCUGAGGCCGUUUGUACAGCUGGAGGUGCCAAUCAUCUGCGUCUACUCACACAGUAUCAACGUCUCCACUGGAUACGAGUCCUCCAGUGAUGUUGAUAAGAUCAAUGACCCGGUGCUGGGAUCAGGGAACUUCCAGGUGACUAUUCGUCUGCUGAAUGGAACAAUCCCCCUACCUCAGAACUACACCCUCUCCCCCGGGGAGCAGGUGACCAUAGAGGUGGCAGUCAAUUCCAAUGUGUCCCAAAUAAAAGUGGUCAUCAACCAAUGUUGGGCGAACACCAACAGCAACCCAGACCCUCCCCUAUACAUCUUCCUGAAAGGCAGCUGUCCUGUUUCAGAAUACGCAACUGUGAUACAGAACGGCGUCUCCUCAAAGUCUCUUCUGGAAGUGAAUGUUUUCUCUCUAGUGAAUCUGGAUAUCAUUUACUUGCACUGCCAGAUCCAAAUCUGCAUUGAGACGGCAUCAGCCACCUGCCAACCUGACUGUACGGCAAGGAGCUCCAGAGCUGGUAAUGUAAUUGGAAUGGCAAAAGCUUCAUAUGGACCCUUGAGGAGGUCACAUCAAGUGACUCUGGAUGAGGUUAUUCAGGGUACGCGUGCCAUCGGCUUCAUUGUGCUGGGAGUCGGCCUGUUUGUUUUCAUCGUCGUGGGCGUGGCAGCCUUUUCUUACUACAGAAAGAAAAUGGGAAACUACAACUUUCACUUUAGACCCCGACCAGAGAACUUCACAUAUCAUGUCUUUGACACCUAGACCAGACUACGGUCAUGUUUAGUAAGGGCUCUGCAGUUUUAGUCAUACAGAACUACAUAGAACAAUUCAUGGCUCAUAGUGUCUUAGGGUCUGAGCUGCAGUUUAUUACUCAGAACUUCAGAGCUUACACACAUUCACAUACACUCCCACUACUGUAUACUGAAUCAUCUGUGAGCCUAUGUUAGUAAACAAGAAUAAUUCAGAUUAAUAACUGAAUGACGCAUCUGUUAAAGGAGUUAAACCAGGUAAAAUGUUUUGUAGUUUAACAUGUUUUUGUGUUUGGCAUUAAUGUCACUGUACUUUAUGAUGCCCAACAUUUGAUCUACAUACGAUGCACUUUAGAAGCUUUAUUUGAUGCUCACAUACUGUAUACUUCAAAUAUUCUACAGACUGGUGAAUAAAACUAUAGCUCUAUUGUAUUGUGAAAAUGUUUAUUAAAAACACAUUACAACGUC